AUGAGUCAUCUGCUGUGGAAAUACUACUGGGAAAACGAUGUCGACAGGUUUCGGCGUCUGCUGGGCCCGGGCGGUCUCGGCUCGCAUUCCGCCUCCAAGAGCCCUGCAACAGGAACUGGUGGAGGAUACCUAGGUGCGAGUCCUGGCGGGCUCGCAAAGUCGCGCAGAGCUCUGGUGCUUGCCUCGGGCUACACCAGAUCCAAGGACGGCAGCUCCGGCCUGAGCCGAAGCGAAGUCAACAGCCGGGACCACGCCGGGCUGACCGUCUUGCUGCGCGCCGCUUCUUCCAUCGAUCCCAACGCCUGCGACUUCGUUCAAGCCCUCAUCGAGCACCCGUCCAUCGACCUCUACGCUCAAGACCCCGAGUCCGGCUGGAAUGCCCUACACAGGUCGCUGUACUUUGGGAAUAUAUCCAUUGCGCGACUUCUCCUCGCCAAGGAGCGCAGCGAUCUGACGAAUCCUGCGCUUCAAUCCAUCGGCAAGGUUGGCCAGCUCAUCAAGACAAAGGACCAUGAAGGAAACAGCCCUUUCGACGUGUACAACUCAACCAUUGCCACGAGAGCCUUGGCCAAUUCGCAAGAGUUGAGAAGGUCAGACAGUGGAUCGGAUGGAAGCGACACCGAGGACGAAGCGACCCAAGUCACCGCCAGCGUUUCCCACAGCAUCAAGCACUCGAUCGAAGGUGGCGAAUUCUACGUGUUUGGGAGCAACAAGAACCUCUCUCUUGGCGUUGGCGAUGAAGACGAUCGUCAAUUUCCCGAGCGUAUCCUGCUCCAACGACCGGACGAGCUCCUAUACCGCUUCUACGAGUCACACCUAGAAGAUCAGGCCCUGGAAUCGCCCCCCUCGCUGCCGGACCUGAGCAGCAUCUCGACUCUACUUCGCAAUCGUCCUUUGGUCAUCCAAGAUGUGGUCAUGUCGAAGCUUCAUAGCGCCCUUCUGACCACCGACCCCGUGUCAAACCUCUACGUGUGCGGUGUCGGAAGGGGUGGGAGGCUCGGCCUCGGCCAUGAGAACACCCAGUUCCGGUUCGCGCCAGUGCUAGGACCCUUUGCGGACCGAAAGGUACGACAGGUCGCGCUCGGGCAAAAUCAUUCCGUGGCUGUCGCCGGCAACGGCGAACUUUGGACCUGGGGUCUCAAUUCUGACUCCCAGCUCGGCUAUGCUCUCCCGCCCCCUGCCAGAUCUGACGAGGAGCCCAUGAGCGUGACGCCGCGUCAAGUCUUCGGCACUCUCAAGAAGGAGAUUAUUCAAGGCGUUGCCGCGUCUGCCAUUCACUCUGUCGCCCAUACCGGCUCGUCGCUAUACUGUUGGGGCCGCAACUUGGGACAGCUGGCACUCAUGGAUGCUGAUUCGAGGUCGCUUGAUGUCCAGCAGACACCUCGCAAGGUGGCAGCAUCGCUUCUCUCUGCGCCCAUUCAAAUGGUCUCGGCAAUUGACAAGGCCACGGUUUGCUUGCUCUCGAACAACUCUGUGUGGGUUUUUGCCAACUAUGGUUAUAAUCUCGUCAAGUUUCCAGUCCCCGAUGUUUUCACCAACCACAGCCUGGUGGCAAGCUCGUUCUUGAGCAGACAUGACCCCGGGUGGAAAGAGAUUCAAUACAUCACGUCGGGCGGUGAAACGAUCGCAGCCAUCACAGCACGCGGGGACUUGUUCACCAUGCAUGUGAACAACAAGGUAGACACCAGCCCACCUGCCGGCUCCACUACCAAUCCGGUCAAGAUCAAGGGCGCCGUCACACAACCGCAUUGCAUAUGGGACUCGAGGAAGGACGGUGUCACCUCCGUGAGCGUCGGCGAGCACGGGUCUGUCAUCCUGUGCACGGAAUCCGGCGCCAUCUGGAAGAGGGUUAAGCGCGUCAAGGGCAAAGCCGCGAGCUUUCCCACGUCCCAGGAUAUCAAGAAAAAGGACUUCAAAUUUGAACGGGUGCCCUACAUCACCGGAUGCGUCAAUGUGCGGAGCUCCACCUUUGGGGCGUUCGCCGCCGUCAGAAGAGACAAGAGCGUCAUGUCCCAGGAGAUUGGCAUCGCCAAGCAGUCGCUCUGGGAGGACGUUGGUUCCCUCCUGUGCCUGCGAGCUUUCAAGGCUUCCGAACCGACUGGCGAUGUCAAAGCUUCCCUGUCGCGUGAGAUUUUGCGCUCUGUGAACCUCGAACAAGAGCUGCUCCAAUAUCUGCAGGCUUAUUCUUUCCGACACGCCGACAUCGAUAUGGAGGUGCGAAGUACGACAGCACCAGACAUCUCAAUACCGGUGCAUGGCUGGAUCCUUGCCGGGCGGAGCUCCGUUCUGCGUGAGGCGUUUUCGGCUUCCCGCCGGCGGAUGACCGAUACCACGCUCUCGGAUGCGUUUGUGGUUGAACUCAUAGACGGGAAGCGCGUCCUCACUCUGACCGGUGUGGAGGUCUUGACCAUGUUGAACUUGGUGCUGUACGUAUAUCAAGAUGCAAUCAUCCCCGUGUGGCGAUACACUCGCGACGCUCCAGCGGACGCAUACCGGUUCCGCCAAGUCCGCUCGGAAGUUAUGAAGAUGGCAACGAGGCUGCACAUGCCCAAGCUUGAAGCAGCCGCCCGAUUGCAGACUGGAGUGGGACCCUCACUGGAUGCCGACAUGAAAGACGCCGUGUCCGACCCUACGUUUUUCGAAGAUGGUGAUGUUACCGUCCAGCUCGACGGAGCAGAUGUCACGUUGCACAGUCAGCUUCUGUGCCAGAGAUGUCCGUUCUUCAAGGGCCUGUUCCAAGGAAGAUCGCAGGGUCAAUGGUUAUCUCAACGACGCAGUGAAUCAUCCGCUUUAGAGCAAGUCAGUGUUGAUUUGAAGCAUAUCAGAUUGGACACGUUCCAGUACGUCCUGCGACAUCUCUAUGCUGAUGUUGGCGAGGGGAUGUUUAACGACGUGGCCAUGCCGACUAUCGACGACUUCUCGGAGCUCGUUCUCGAUGUAAUGGACGCUGCCAACGAGCUGAUGCUGGACCGCUUAUCUCAGGCCUGCCAGUCUAUGGUCGGCAAGUUUGCUACGACACGGAACAUUGCCAACCUUCUCAACGAAAUCAGCCCCUGCUCAGUGACAGAGUUCAAAGACGCUGGGUUAGAAUACAUUUGCCUGCAGCUCGAAUGCAUGUUGGAGAAUCACCUUCUCGACAAUCUCGACCAAGAUCUCCUACAGGAGCUGGACCAAGUUGUCCGUGACAAUCAACUGGCGAGGUUUCCCAUUGCUCGGGGUGGGAGGGCCGACUUGUUGCUGCACAACAAAUAUCCCGACCUGGUAAUAGAUGUCAACGAGGAACGCCAACGCCGUGUGAGAGAGAUGGCCUUCAAGCUGGCCCAAAAGGACGAUGAUAGGAGGGCUUCCUCAUCACAAAAAAUGCGCGGUGGAAGUUUGGAUGAAGGCACGAUUGCCUCGCCGACCCCUGAAAGAUCUCGCCGGACCUCUAAACAGGGACGCAACGAGCAAUCCAGCCCGACUCUACAUACAAAGAGGUCUCAGGGGGACAUGGUGUUCAAUAUGGAUGAGGAAGACUUUUCUGGUGCCAACAGCCCUUUCUCUCCCGACAUGGGGGAUUUCGAGCCACAUCAAGACGUCGACGUAGGAGGCGUCCCACGAUUGCCAGAAUCAUGGCGUGGCAAAGGAAAAGAGAUGUCGCAGAAGGAGCGUAAAAGACAGAUCCAGUUGCAGGCCGAGGUGGAGGCAGGGGCAACCGCGCAAGUCGAAAAGUCCAAACAAGCUCCGUGGGAAACGGUCGCGCCAGCUACUCGGCCAUCGCCGUGGAAGGCGGCAUCACCGGUUCCGACAGAGCCGCAUUUAUUUCAGAGACUGACAGCCUCGCCUGACACCAGGUUUCCAGGACAGGGACGCAUGGGCAACUCAGCAGCGGCACCGUCAGAGCCAUCGGCUCGAGACCAAAAGAAGCCUCUUGUGCCGCAUUCCAAAUCCUACAUGACGCCAGCACGCAAGGCGGAGCCGUCGCUGGGAGCAAGCAUGGCGGACAUUAUCGGGCAACAGAGGCGCGAGCGAGAGUUGGUCAAGGAGGCGGUGGCCAAGCGAUCACUGCAGGAGAUUCAGCAGGAGCAAGCUUUCCAGGAAUGGUGGGACCAAGAAAGCCAACGAGCUCAGGAGGAGGAGGCCAGAAGACUCGCCAAACAGGACAAGGGACCGCCGGGCAACAACAGGCGCGACCGCAAGGGGCGAGGAAGCAGAAGCAAAGGAGGCGAGCCCUCAGGCGCCAGCGGAGAUGGCGAAGGUUCAAAGGGGCCAGGCGGUGGCGCGGGCUCGCGGCGAGGCAGAAGCGCCAAAGGAAAGGGCAGCAAGGCCUGA